AUGAGCAUUCGAACGAUGACUCUUAGGACAAUCCUUCUCUUUCUUUUGUUCCUCUGCUCGGAUGGAACCCCCAUGAAGGGCAAAAGACGAGCUCUGAAGCAGAAGCGACGGUCGGAAAGAUCGAGGUAUAAUUAUUAUCAAUCACAAGAACCAAAUGAUCCAACACAACCGCCGCCGCCUCCUCCGCCGCCGCCGCCGCCACCGUCAAAUCGAAGUGCUGGCAAAGGAAAAAGUGGAAAGGGAAAAAGUGGCAAAGGUAGCAGCAGAAGCAAGAGCGGCAAAGGAAAAGGAAAGGGAUCCCGUAGUAGUAAUGGCGGUGAUAAUGGCGGUGGUGGAACCCCAACCGAUCCACCGGGACCCGGCGGAUUUGAAGUUACCCUCAAAAUCACCAAUCUGACCUACUUGCAACCAUUUAGUGCAUUCCUUGUGGUCCUGCACAACCGAGAUGCCGAUCCAUUAUUCGUGCUUGGGGGCGAAGCAAACGAUGAACUUGCCGUCCUAGCUGAAGAUGGCAAUCCAGGUCCUCUGUAUUCCAAGUACAGCGGAGCCUUCGGUGUUAAUUAUGUGGACGUGCACGAUACUGGAGCUCCAUUUUUCGGAGGAGAGGUCACGUAUAUUACCGUACCCUAUGACAGAAACUAUCCUUACCUGACUAUUGCUUCCAUGGCUAUCAAUACGAAUGACUGCUUUGUUGCUUUGAAUGGUGUCUACCUUUCUCCCGGUCAAGUCAUCGAUGUCCCAGGAUACGACGCUGGCACAGAGGUCAACAAUGAACUAUGCAGCAGCAUUCCAGGACCGGCAUGUCCAUCUGGUUCUGGCAACACGAGAUCAGGAAAUGGGGAGGGCUAUGUUCAUAUACACAGAGGCUUCAAAGGGGUCGGGGACAGGCUCUCCGAGGCUGGAUUUGACUGGAAAAACCCAAUGAUGAAGGUGGAGGUUCACAUGAUGUAA